ACAAAACAGAACAGAAGCACCAUGCUAAGCUUUUUCAGUACUUACUUCUGCAACUCAAACAGAAACCAAAAAAAAUAAAAAAACACAAACAACAACAAAAAACCAAACCAUGUCUUCUCUACCUUAUUGUUCCAUUGCAAUGUUUGUUACAAUUUUCCUCCACCUAUCUUCCUUUGCACUUUCACACCCUAACAAAAUCAACCAUUUACCAGGUCAACCUCAUGUUGAAUUUAACCAGUUUUCAGGUUAUGUUAAUGUUGAUGACAAAAACCAAAAAGCUCUCUUUUUCUACUUUGUUGAAGCUCAGAAUGAUGCUGCUUCUAAACCUCUUGUUCUCUGGCUCAAUGGAGGGCCCGGUUGUUCUUCUCUUGGUGUUGGUGCAUUUUCAGAAAAUGGCCCUUUUAGGCCUAAAGGACAGGCUUUGGUUAGCAACCAAUUCAGCUGGAAUACAGAGGCAAAUAUGUUGUACUUGGAAUCACCUAUUGGAGUAGGAUUUUCAUAUUCAACUGAUACUUCAUCUUAUGAAGGUGUAAAUGACAAAAUUACAGCCAGAGAUAAUCUAAUCUUCUUGCAAAACUGGUUUGUAAAGUUUCCACAAUACAGAAACAGAAGCUUGUUCAUUGUUGGAGAGAGCUAUGCUGGUCAUUAUGUUCCUCAAUUGGCUGAGCUUAUGCUUCAAUUCAACAAAAAGGAGAAGCUGUUCAAUUUAAAAGGCAUUGCUCUCGGCAAUCCACUACUAGAAUAUGCAACAAAUUUGAAUUCAAGAGCUGAGUUUUUUUGGUCACACGGAUUGAUAUCAGACUCAACAUUCAAAAUGUUCACUUCUGUUUGUAACUAUUCAAGAUAUGUGAGGGAAUACUAUAACGGCGCAGUUUCACCUCUUUGUUCGAGUGUGAUGAGUCGAGUUACUACAGAAACAAGUAGAUUUGUCGACAAGUAUGAUGUUACACUCGACGUUUGUAUAUCAUCUGUUUUUUCACAAACCAAAGUCCUCAAUCCCAAGCAAGUGAAUGAAACAAUUGAUGUAUGCGUCGAAGACGAAACGCUCAACUAUCUUAACAGAAAAGAUGUUCAAUCGGCUUUAAACGCGCGUCUGGUCGGAAUACAAAGAUGGUCUCCUUGUAGCAAUGUCUUGGAUUAUGAGUUGCGCGACUUGGAGAUACCGACGAUCACUGUCGUAGGCAAGCUAGUCAAGGCUGGAAUACCGGUAUUGGUCUAUAGUGGCGAUCAGGAUUCGGUUAUUCCAUUGACUGGAAGUAGAACUUUAGUAGAUCAAUUGGCAAAAACACUGAGAAUCAAUACCACUGUGCCAUACAGGGUGUGGUUUGAAAGGCAGCAGGUUGGUGGGUGGACUCAAGUUUAUGGUAACAUACUAUCAUUUGCAACAGUUAGAGGAGCAUCACAUGAAGCACCCUUUUCACAACCUCAAAGAUCACUUGUGUUGUUCAAAUCCUUCUUAGAAGGAAAACCUCUACCAGAAGAAUUUUGAUUAGUGUUGUUUAAAAUUGGUUGUGUGGUAGUUAAGCCUGAACUGAUUUUGGUUUUUUUAAAAUCAAAUCUUAUCACCUUUAAGUGUAGAAAAUUUUGUAAAGUUGUCAAGAAGGAAAAAAAUGAUUCAUAAUUUGAAGAAAAAAAUCACCUCGUUGUCAUGGUGGUACAGUUUUCCAUUAUCUUUUAAUUUUUAAUUUUAAACUUGAAAGAGUUUAUCAAAUUACUGUAGGAAAUGGUAUAUCGUUUACUCAUUGGAAAAACAUUUCACCAACUCUAUCAGGUUAAGUGAAAAGUGCUAAUGAAGGAAGCAGAUUAAGAUACACUUUCAACUGCUAAAGAGUUUCAAUCCAUUAUUGAUGUAGUUAACUCAAUAAUUUAGAGAGAAGUGAUUAAGUCAAUUGGCCUUUUGUACACAAUCUGUGCCAUUGAAGUUUUAGACCUGAUAAGGGUAUUAACAGUGGCUAAAGUAUGAGUU